UUCCUCGGGCACAGAUCAUCCCUCCAUGUGCUUUUUGAGCUCCAUCUUUUCCGACCUUGUGACCGUUCUUUUGAAAAGCACGAUGACGUUCAGUUUUCGCAACUCUGACUGGUCAAGUACGUGUGGCUGACGACCGCGUCUCGUUCCCUGAAUUUUGCGGCUCAACUACUAUUAAUAUCAACACUGCACCCAUACUUUUCCUACAUACCACCAAACAUGGAGAAGACGACAGAGAAGACAUCUAUUGUUUCUAGCAGAGAAGAUGUUGGCAAUGGCAGACUGCUCACAUUUGACGAAAUUCCGUCCUGGCAAAAAUACAACGAGCAUGUUCGCACAGGUUACCGGCCAUUGACCGGAUCAUGGACGCAAUCACUGAAGAGCAUGUUCGAUUGGCAUAAUGAAACUGUCAACAUACACUCGCAUUUUAUCGGAGCCAUCAUCUUCUCCAUCAUCCUACCAUUUCACUUCUAUACCACACUUUACCAAGCAGUACCAGAAGCACAACCCAUAGAUGGCGUAGUGUUCUUGAUAUACUUCGCAGGAGUCGCAGCUUGCUUCGCAUGUUCAGCACUCUUCCACACAGUCGGCAAUCACAGUCAACAUAUACAUGGCAUCUACAACAGAGUCGACUGCUGCGGUAUCGUCCUACUCAUGUGGGGCGCAAGUCUCGCAUCCAUACAUUUCGCCUUCGUUUGUAAUUCUCACCUGCGAAGUCUGCACUGGCUCCUGAGCUCUGCCAGUGCAUCCGGCUGCAUCACAUUCAUCCUCGGACCCAUGUUUAUUAAGCCCGCUUACAGGACUGCUCGAGCACUCACAUACCUAAGUCUAGGACUCUUCGCCAUCGUUUUUAUCGUCCACGGAAUCUACCUCUACGGAUUCAUGAUGCAGAGGAAGCGAUUGGCAUUAGAGUGGAUGGGUUUGAUGGCAUUAUUCAAUUUCCUUGGCUGUACUGCUUAUGCUUUCCGCUUUCCUGAAGUAAAGUUUCCUGGUAGAUUCGAUCUUGUGGGACAUUCGCAUCAGAUUAUGCAUGUUGCUGUGUUGAUUGCUGGGUUGGUGCAUUAUCAUGGGUUAUCACAGGCAUUCUUGGAAACAAGGGGAGGUGCGCUGCAUAUUUGUUGAUCCUAUCGUCGAAACGAUACCUCUAUGCCAAAUCGAGUAUGAUCACAUCCAA